UGCGGUUGAUAUUUCGACAGAAAUAAAACGCGAGAUUUUUCGUUGGAAGGAUCCCGUGUGAUUGAUUGAGUCGUGGGUGUUAUGCAGUUUUAUGAAUCUUAGACGAUGAUUCCAGGCAUGCACGUGACCAUAUCUCUCGUGAAGAUUAUUGUGAGCGAAACUCCGAAUAGGUGUGAGCGGGAAAAUAUUCACUGGCAUCCCCGUAAUCCAAGUGAGGCCUUUGCGUCAUGGGGAAACUAGACGUUUCACUUCUGCGCUAUUUGAAUCAUGAAGAUUUCAGGGUGCUCACUGCGGUUGAGAUGGGGAUGAGAAACCACGAACUUGUUCCGCAUGCUCUCGUGGCCUCUAUUGCAAACUUGAGGCACGGUGGUGUAGGAAAACUUGUGCGUCAACUUUGUCGUCACAAACUUCUUUCGUACGAACGAGGGAAGCGUUAUGACGGUUAUCGACUGACGAAUCGUGGGUACGAUUAUUUGGCUCUCAGAUCUUUGAGCGAAAAAGGAAUCUUGAAGUCAAUUGGAAACAAGAUCGGAGUUGGAAAGGAAUCCGAUGUUUUUGUUGCUCUGAGUGUAGACGAUGAACCUCUUUGCAUGAAAAUUCACAGGUUGGGAAGAACUUGCUUCAGGAAAUUGAAGGAAAAGCGGGACUACCAUCAACAUCGUAGGAAAAUCUCUUGGCUUUAUUUAGCUCGACUUGCCGCUGUAAGAGAAUUCGCGUAUAUGAAAGCGUUAUAUGACCGAGGAUUUCCUGUACCAGAACCUAAGGAUUUCAAUCGUCACUGCGUUGUCAUGGAACUCAUUCAGGGUACACCAUUGUGCAAUGUCACGGAAGUAAUGGAUGUACCGAAGUUAUACGACGAGCUGAUGAACUUGCUUGUUGAUCUUGCUGCGAACGGAGUAAUUCACAGUGAUUUCAACGAGUUCAAUAUCAUGGUGCUUGAUGAUGGCAAGCCAGUUCUGAUAGAUUUCCCACAAAUGGUUUCGACAUCUCAUAAGGACGCAAGCCUUUAUUUUGAUCGUGAUGUCGGCUGCGUGAAGAACUUUUUCAAACGGAGAUUCAGUUACGAAAGCGAACUGCUUCCGGUUUUUGAUGACGUUGAGCGCUCUGGAAGUUUGGACGUCGAAGUAGCCGCGAGUGGUUUUGUGAAGAAAUUUGAGGAGGAAUUCGGAGAAGUAGACGUCGAUGAAGGAGAUGACGAAAACUCUGAAAUCGAGGAAAACGUUGGUGAUACUUCGUUGGAGAAAGUGUCGGACUAUUCGUCUGACGGUCGUGACGACGAAGCGGACGAAUCUUCUAAAGACCAGCGGGAAACGUCAGAGCCAUCCCAUUUCUGGGAUAUAAUUCCGGAAGUUGUGGGCAAAGAAGAUGCUGACUCGCAUGCUCCCGAUGUUCUGACUUCGAAAUUGGAGAAAGUAUCAAUAUCUUCAGAUGCUAAGCCAGCUAUGUCUGUUGCGUCUACAAGUCUGUCCACAAUUGCCCCUGAGGAUGUUCGGAAACGAGUUCGCCGUCAGUUGAAUGCACAAGACAAAAAAGCAGCUCGAAGAAUAAAAGUCAAGGGCGAAGCAAAUGUUGUUACGAGAACGCGUCGUGCGAACCAUGAUACCAUUAAGCAGUCACUUGAUGGCAUAUGGAGUUGAGGAUAAUGAAAAUCGGAUUCAGUACAAUAAA